GACAGCUGUCGUCUUCGGUUUUCGUAAGACAAGGAAAAAUCGUACCUGCAGCAAGUUUUCACUGCUCUCUUGAAAAGGAGAUUUCUAAUUUUCUUUUCAAGCGCCACACUAAAGCCACGACGAAUUGUGCUUGCGGGUAACGCUGCGCUAGUGGGGUUUGGCUGCUGCUGCUGUGGGUGGUGGUGGUGUACGAGGAGGUGGGGAGAUCUGCGCCGUGUUUUGGUUCGGGCUAGCUGGAGUAGUUCGCUGGAAGAGUGUAGAGUGGAAGGCAAGAGUGAGCUGCUGCUGUAUCAUAGUUCUUUGCCGUGCUGCUGACCAGUCAGUCCAGUAGCGAAAUCACGUUUCCCAGCCACCGUUCACCACCGCACAAAAUGUCCAGCAAGAAGGAGGAAAUCGCCGACAGUUGGGAAGAGAUCGACGAAGAGCGGUUGGCCAACGCGAUAACGAUACUGAAAAACUCCACCAGCCCCGGCACGGAACAGACGGACAGCGCUAAGCCACCGAGCGCGCCGUCGGGAAACGCGGCUCGGCAGAACUCUCUACCGCAGAUGCUGGAGGAGGAGCUGCGCCCGAAGAUGGUGGUCCGGCCGAUGCAAAUUCUGAAGCGCCCACAGAGCAGCGGUGGGUCGGAAGGGAAGAGCCCGGCCGACAGUAAGCCCAAGACACAGAUCAAAUCACUCGAUCAAAGGAGACAGGAGUAUGCCGAGGCUCGGUUGCGUAUCCUCGGUUCGGCUCAUGACGACGAAGAAGCUGAAACGAAGAAAAAUACUCCUGCAACAAACGGAUAUCGAGUAAACAAUGUUAACAACAACAACAGCUCCAGUGGGAAUGGUAGUUCCAAUCCAGCUAGCGGGAGCGUUGGUCCAGGCGCUGGUGGUGGUGGUAGUGGAGUUGGUGGAGAAGUAAUGGCCGGGAAUGGUGCAAAUAACAAUGCGUCAAACGUUUACCGCUAUCACUCACCGUACCGGCAACAGGCCCCGAUUGGAACGUUUCCUCCAGCGAUGCAAAAUGGGCCGCCGGGUCGGGCGGCACAGGCCGGUCCGGGUCUGUACUACUCAACACCCAAUCUUCACCACCAUCCACACCAUCCGCACCAUCCCAUGCACGGUACCCACCCGAUGCAUCAUCCGUUUCCGCCGAUGGCACAGCACCACCACCAUCAUCAUCAGCAGCAACAGCAGCAGCAACAACAACUCAGUAGCCAUCCGUACCAACACCAGCAACACUUUGCCCCGCUGCUUAAUCAUCAGCCCGCGGGAGGCGGUCGUGAUGGCGCAUGGUACGCCGGGGGCCGUAACGGUGGCAACGUACCCGGCGCGGCCGGAUACUACCCCGGCAAGGGAUACGGCGAAGGGGGUGGACCGAUGUCUUCGCCACUGCUGGGACAUGCACCGCCCGGUGUCAUCCCCAACCAUACGAUGCCGUACAGUGGUGGAGCUAGUGGAGUGUUCGCGCAAGCUAACUCCCACGGCAGUACCGGAGGAUCAAAUGUCGUUUCGAAUCAACACGUGCUACGUUUGCCUGCCGGGCCGGAUGGUUCCCAAGGUUUCAACAUGAGACGGUAGCCAACUGCUGCCGGUGAAGGUGGUCGUCGUGCCGAUGGCGGUGGUGGUGGUGGUGGCGGUUGUGGUGGUGGUGGUGGUGGUAGACGGUGAUAUUCUUCUGACCAUCUUUCCGAGCUCUAACACACUCAAAGCUGCCACGAAAUGUAUAAACGUGAUUUUGCAUUCGGUUUCCAAGUUCGACUCGGGCGGCGAUGUGUUGUAGCACAAUGAUGCUAUUGGCCAGCGAGCGAAUAUGUUGAAACGCGGUAUAGUUUUACCCCUUAUUUUGGUUUCUCCGUUACCGAGACAGCUGCUAUAGCAUAGAACCUUUCCUCAUUACUCUUUUUUUAAUGUUUCCAUAAACCCAUUUUCAUUUCUUAUUCAUUACUCUACUGAUUACUGCUUACUCUGGGCGAGCUGCAUUGCGCUCGCUGUGUUAAAUCACGUAACUGGCAGCGCGAGCAGCUUCCCUCUUCCUUAUCGCGUUUAUGAAUCCGCAUGUGUGCUUGCUUGUCUUGUAACAAAAAAGCAAAGCAUGUGUAACUGCUUCACACGGAGACGCGUUUGAAUUAAAAGAGAGACACGAUGCAUGUCCCCGCUAGCGCCACCAGAGACAAGAAGGUGAGAGGAGGGGGGGACAUUGCAUUCACGAAAGCCUCUAACCCGUUCUAGUGCUAAGGACACCUUUGUUAGUGUGUACAGUGUUAGUUAAUGUGUACACAUUGGCGCUAAAGGAAAGGAAAAAACAACAACAAUCAUUUGCGUAUAUAUUUUUAAUGUUUUUUUUUUUAAAUAUGUGUAGUAUGAGUUAUGUAUAAAAUGCGUUAUAAAUAAUGAUACUGGUGCAACUGAAGAAA